CCAGGCGCCGUUUCUCUCUCUCUCUCUCUCUAAAGUCCAAGUUUUCUCUCUCUAAUGUACCUUACUCCUCCGCCAAUAUCUCCUCCUUAAGCCCUGACCACAAUUGUCACACACAGUCCCACUCUGUCUCUCUCUUUCUCUCUCUCUCUCUCUCUCUCUCAACAAAAACGAAAAAAUGUUUGGUCCUGCAAAUCUUCUUCCCCACUGGCUGGAGGUCCUGCUGACUGAGAAAUUCUUCAACGCUUGCAUAAUUCACGAGGAGGCAAAGAAGAACGAGAAGAACGUCUACUGUCUGGACUGUUGCAUCAGCCUCUGCCCCCACUGCCUGAACCCUCACACCUCUCACCGACUUUUGCAGAUAAGGAGGUAUGUGUACAACGAUGUCAUAAGGUUGGAUGACGCAGCUAAGUUAUUUGACUGUUCUUCCAUUCAGUCAUACAUAACCAACAGUGCAAAAGUGGUAUUUUUGAACCAGAGGCUACCAACAAAGAAUUGCAGAGGCUCCAGCAACGUCUGCAGCACCUGUGACAGAAACCUGCAAGACCCCUUUCUCUUCUGCUCCCUCCAUUGCAAGAUCGAUCACGUUAUAAGAACAGAAGGUUGCCUUUCCAAGUAUCUCCGCGAGUGCAAGUUCAUGGCUUUACCUGAAUCCGGUUCAGACGACGGUCUGAUGAUACAUGAGGUUCUCGAACCGGCCGGUUCAACCCGAACCUCUUCAGGCUCAUAUGGGUUGGGCGAGGUGGGCUGUUUGGCCUUAGCUUGCACUGCCACGACUGAAAUUGUGAGGAAAAAGAGAAGUAACAUGUCGGCAUAUCGGGCUGCUUGUCGGCCGGUUUUUUCACCCGUGUUGGAAAUCUCGGCCGGGUUGAUGAACCGGAGGAAGGGGACUCCACACCGGGCGCCGCUGUAUUGAAUUUGUGCAUGAAAAUUGGAAAGUUGAUAGCAUGAGUAAGUAAAAUCUUUGGUAAAUUAAGUUUAUACUCUUCUGUAUUGGACAGAGUCUUCCACACGAGGGUCACAAAUUAAUAAAUAGGUGACACUUAGUUAUGGUUAAUUAUGUGUAAUAUGUUGUAAUAACCUUUAGCCAUGGGUAAUUUUUAGGUGUCAUUUUUCUUGUUGAUUGGUGUGGUGAUAAUACCGUGGUGGUUGAUUC